AUGGAGAGUGGUUUCAUCAAAGCAAAUAGCGGUAAUUUACCGAAGAUAGAUUCUUUGAUGGUAGCAAAUUUCUUUGCAACAAACAAAGACUUUUGUGCAUCGGAGCUCAGAAACGUGAAAAUAUCUUUAUCAUCAAGAGAAUCUUAUGGCGAUGAUGCCGUGGGAUACGUACAACUAAAGAGAGAAUCUAAUAUUUGUACUGUGAAGUGUCGUGUGUGCCCAGAGCACAAAGUUCGUGUCAAACCCUACACAGUGACUGUCGUUGUGGAUGAAAAAAACAGUAUAGUUAAGAGUACACAAUGCCACGACUGUGCUGCGUCAGCAGGUGGUUGUAAACAUGGAGUGGCAUUUUUGAUGUGGCUUCAUAGAAGAAGCGAAGAACCAUCGUGUACAGAGGUAGCAUGCUACUGGAAAAAAUCUAUGUUAUCCAAAGUGGGAACAACUUUAAAGUAUAUAACAGCAGCCGAAUUAGCAAAAGGCCAUGCCUCAACCUCAUCGGAUCCCCAUGUUGUUGAAAAAUUUGUGGAACAACUAACAGCUAAAGGCAAUAGCAACUGCGAGCUGUUAAAAUAUGUACAAAAUACCACUAAUGAGAUGGAAGGUCUGUCUUUGUACCAUUUAGUGCAGAAAUAUAAGGAAAAAUGUAGUGAGGACUUUAUUAAGAAAGUAUUGGGUUUAUUUACUCCAGCAUUAUUAGAAAAAAUUGAAGAAGUUACAAGAGACCAGUCCAGCAGCAGCUUAUGGCAUGAGUUAAGGUUUGGAAGAAUAACUGCUUCAAAAGCCUAUGAAGUUAAGAAAUGCAAGACAAGGGAUGGUGCAUUAAUAUCUUUGAUAAUGGGUGGUACCAUUCCUGAGACUCCAGCUAUUAAGCGUGGCAGGAUUUUAGAAAAUAAAGUACGAGGAACUGUUGAAAAAAUAUUAAAAAAAAAGAUACGAAGAUGUGGGCUUUUUAUUAGCCAACAAUUUCCUAUGAUUGCUGGUUCUCCUGAUGGUAUCGGUGAGCAAUUUCUGAUAGAAAUAAAAUGUCCUUUUAAUGAGAACACUAUAAAAAAUUAUAUUCAAAAUGGGAAACCCUCAUCGAAGUGUUAUGACCAGAUGCAAAUCCAAAUGUAUGUUUGUGGAUAUAAAAAGUGUUUCUUUUGCAUCGCAGAUAUAAACUUUCAAAGUAAUAACAAAGUUAAUAUAAUAUCAGUAGAUUAUAAUGAAGAGUAUGUUGAAACUUUAUUGCAGUCUUUAUUAUUAUUUUGGAAGACAAAUAUCUACCCGUUACUAUAUAAAACAACAGAAACAUAG